GCCUGGGACAUCACCAAGCGCACCUUCGCCUACACCAACCACACGGUGCUCCCCGAGGCCCUGGAGCGCUGGCCCGUGGACCUGGUGGAGAAGCUGCUCCCCAGGCACCUGCAGAUCAUCUAUGAGAUCAACCAGAGGCACCUGGAUCACAUCGCAUCCCUCUUCCCUAACGACGUGGACCGGCUGCGGAGGAUGUCCCUGAUAGAGGAGGGAGGCACGAAGAGGAUCAACAUGGCGCAUCUCUGCAUCGUCGGCUCCCACGCUGUCAACGGCGUGGCCAAGAUCCACUCCCAAAUAGUCAAGACUCAAGUCUUCGAGGAUUUCGCGGAGCUGGAGCCGGAGAAGUUUCAGAACAAGACCAACGGCAUCACCCCGCGGCGCUGGCUCCUGCUCUGCAACCCGGGGCUGGCGGAGCUCAUCGCAGAGAAAAUAGGGGAGGACUACGUGCGGGACCUGAGCCAGCUGACGAAGCUGCACGAGUUCGUGGAUGACGACCUCUUCAUCCGGGAAGUCGCCAAAGUGAAGCAGGAGAACAAGGUGAAGUUCGCACAGUACCUGGAGAAGGAGUACAAGGUGAAGAUCAACCCGUCCUCCAUGUUCGAUGUGCACGUGAAGAGGAUCCACGAGUACAAGCGGCAGCUGAUGAAAUGCCUGCAAAUCGUCACCAUGUACAACCGCAUCAGGAGGGAGCCGGCGAAGCUGUUUGUGCCGAGGACGGUGAUCAUCGGGGGCAAGGCUGCCCCGGGAUAUCACAUGGCUAAAAUGAUCAUUAAGCUCAUUAACGCUGUGGCUCAAGUGGUGAACAACGACCCCGUUGUAGGGAGCAAGCUGAAGGUCAUCUUCCUGGAGAACUACAGGGUCUCGCUGGCAGAGAAAGUGAUCCCUGCUACCGACCUGUCGGAGCAGAUCUCCACGGCGGGCACUGAGGCGUCAGGUACGGGGAACAUGAAGUUCAUGCUGAACGGGGCUCUGACCAUCGGCACCAUGGAUGGAGCCAACGUGGAAAUGGCCGAGGAGGCUGGAGAGGAGAACCUCUUCAUCUUCGGCAUGAGGGUGGAGGACGUCACGGAGCUGGACAGGGAAGGGUACAAAGCCCACAGGUACUACGAGCGGCUCCCCGAGUUGAGGCAGGCCAUCGACCAGAUCAAGGGUGGCUUCUUCUCCCCGCAGGAGCCUGACCUCUUCAAAGACGUGGUCAACAUGCUCUUCCACCACGACCGGUUUAAGGUUUUUGCAGACUACGAGGCCUACGUGAAGUGCCAGGAGAAGGUCAGCGAGCUGUAUCUGAACUCCAAGGCGUGGACCAAGAUGGUCAUCAGGAACAUCGCAGCGGCCGGCAAGUUCUCCAGCGACCGCACCAUCAAGGAAUACGCCCGGGACAUCUGGCACGUGGAGCCCUCCGACCUGAAGAUC